AUGAAGACCGAAUUCAAGUUUUCAAACUUGCUCGGCACCGUCUACUGCCAGGGCAACCUGCUCUUCAGCCCAGAUGGCACCCACCUCUAUUCGCCCGUCGGCAACCGGGUGACGGUCUUUAACCUGGUAGAGAACAAGUCAUAUACACUCCCCUUCGCCCACCGCACAAACAUCUCGAGAAUAGGACUCACGCCCCGCGGCAACAUUCUCUUUACCGUCGAUGAGGCAGGCCAGGCCAUCCUGACCAACCUGUUUCGCCGGAUACCCGUUUACUACUUUCGCUUUUCGUCGCCCGUCACGGCGCUCGCCUUUUCCCCUUCUGGGAAGCACUUUGCUGUCGGGCUGGGCCGCAAGAUCGAGGUGUGGCGCGUGCCCUUGACGCCCGACUUGACUGCCGAUGGCGAGCUCGACUUUGCGCCGUUUGUGCGGCAUCACACGCACAUGGGGCACUUUGAUACCAUCCAACACAUUGAGUGGUCGAGCGACUCCCGAUUCUUCCUGACCGCCUCCAAGGAUCUCACAGUGAGGAUAUGGAGCCUGGACCGCGAAGAUGGCUUCACGCCGACGGUGCUCUCGGGCCACAAACAGGCCGUCGUGGGCGCAUGGUUCUCCGAAGACCAAGAAACCAUCUACACCGUGAGUAAGGAUGGCGCCGUCUUCGACUGGUGCUACGUCAAGCCCAUCAAUCGUGUCCUCGAGGGCGAACAGGCGCACGAUGAUGGCGACGACCAAGACUUGCGGUGGCGCAUUGUUCAGAGGCAUUACUUUAUGCAGGGAAGCGCGCACGUGAAAUGCGCGACAUUUCAUCCCGAGACCAACCUCUUGGUCGCCGGCUUCUCAAACGGCAUCUUUGGCCUAUACGAGAUGCCUGACCUGAACAAUAUCCAUAAGCUCAGCAUCUCGCAGAAGGGCAUUGAUCAUGUCACCAUCAACAAGAGCGGGGAGUGGCUGGCCUUUGGAGCCUCGAAGCUAGGCCAGCUCCUGGUGUGGGAGUGGCAGUCAGAGUCUUACAUACUCAAGCAACAGGGCCAUUUCGACGCCAUGAACUCGCUCGUCUACUCGCCCGACGGCCAGCGCAUCGUGACGACGGCCGACGAUGGGAAGAUUAAAGUCUGGGAUACAGAGUCGGGGUUCUGCAUCGUCACUUUUACCGAGCACACGAGCGGAGUCACGGCUUGCGAGUUUGCGAAAAAGGGCAACGUUCUCUUCACCGCCAGCCUGGACGGCUCCGUGCGAGCGUGGGAUCUCAUCCGGUAUCGAAACUUCCGCACCUUUACGGCGCCGACCCGGCUGUCGUUUUCCUGCAUGGCGGUGGACCCCAGUGGCGAGGUGGUGGCCGCCGGGUCUCUGGAUUCCUUCGACAUCCACAUCUGGUCCGUCCAGACGGGCCAACUGCUCGACCAGCUGUCCGGCCACGAGGGCCCUGUCUCUGCCCUGGCGUUUGCGCCAAACGGGACGUCUCUGCUGACGUUUUGGUCUCUGGCCGACGCCGAGCAAGUAGCGGGGCUUGACGGACGCCGCGACGUGUCGGGCGGACGGCAUUUCUCGGAUCGCAGGACCGCGGCCAACGUUGCGGGGACCAAGGCCUUCAGCUGCAUUCGCUACAGCAUGGAUGGGAGCUGCCUCCUUGCCGGCGGCAACAGCAAAUACAUAUGCCUGUACUCGGUGACGACCAUGGUUCUGCUCAAGAAGUUCACCGUCAGCAUGAACCUCUCCCUUUCGGGGACGCGUGAGUUCCUCAACAGCAAGCAUCUGACAGAGGCCGGGCCCAUAGCGGAGCUAGACGACCAAGGCGAGGCGUCGGACCGCGAGGAUCGCAUCGACAGCAGCUUGCCGGGGUCGAAGCGGGGCGGAGACCCGUCGGCGAGGAAGAAGCUGCCGGCGGUCCGGGUCACCAGCCUCGGCUUCUCCCCUUCUGGGACGGCCUUUUGCGCCGCCUCGACAGAGGGGCUCCUCAUCUACAGCGUGGACGCGAGUCUGCAGUUUGAUCCAUUCGAUCUGAACAUGGAGAUUACGCCGGCGUCGACGUUGGCCGUGUUGGAGACGGAGGGCGACCAUCUCAAGGCGCUGGUAAUGGCAUUUAGGCUCAACGAGGCUGGCCUGAUCAAACGCGUGUUCCUGGCCGUCCCGCCGGGGGACAUUUCGCUCGUGGUUGGCGGCUUGCCGACGGUGUACGUGUCGCGGCUGUUGCGCUUCGUGGCGCAGCAGACGGAGGAGUCGCCGCACAUGGAGUUUUGUCUCUUGUGGAUCAAGGCGCUCGUGGACAAGCACGGCGCGUGGCUGAUGGCCAACAGGGCCAAGGUGGACGUGGAGCUGCGGGCGGUUGCGCGGGCGGUGUCGAAGACGAGGGACGAGAUCCGGAGGCUGGCCAACGAGAACGUGUACAUGGUGGACUAUCUACUGGGGCAGGCUGGGCAGUCGGCGCAGAAGGGGGCCGGCGGGCUUAUGAAAUCCGGAGACGAGCCACAGACGGCGAGAUGGGAGCUUAAGGGGAACACAGGGUCUGGCGGAGAUUCGGACAACGGUGACGAUGAGUGGAUUGGACUAGACUAG